GAAAAUCAAUUAUUGGUCAAUAUAUAAUGCAUGUGGCGUGUUGCCGUGGUAACUAUUUAAAAACAAUCAUGGAUGCCAAUCAGCCAGCAAUGUAUUUCUGUCAAUUGCAUGUAAUCCAAAAAAUAUAAUGUCCGGAAAUAUGCUUGCAAUGUAGAAAUCUAAUAACCAUUUCUAGUAGUGCUUGUUGCAAAAUGCAAACCGAAGUGCCGGCACUACCUGUAGUAUGCUCAGAUGGGUGUAAGCAGCUUACUAGGAAAAUUGCCGACGAUCCAAGCAUUACAGCAGCUUCAAUAAAAAGUCAAUCGGCAUGCAAAAGUGCCGCUAUUCUUUUAGCCAAACGAAAGCAGUUACAUCCUUUACUCGGCGGUCCUUAUUACAAAAACAGUGCACGGGUAUAUACCCUCACUGAGCCUACAAAAUCUCUGGCGAGGAAUCCUGUAGGGCAAAGGGUGCUCUCAGCAAAAAUGUUGCGUGUGAAACAACUGCAAAAUCAAUUAACCGAUGCACAUUACCACUUGAACGAAUUAGCCAAUGAAAACAGGCUCUUGAAAGCACUGCAGAAACGACAAGACUCGGCACUACGACGUUACGAAGGAACCAACGCUGAGUUACCACGUAUCAUUAAUUCACACCACGAGGAGCUUAGGGUUCUUCAAACUAAGUAUAAGAAACUUAAAGCCCAACAUAAAGAUACUUGUGAUUUGUUAAAGGAGAAAGAAAACGAGCUGCAUAAUCUACAGGCACAAAAUAAGCAUCUCUUGCAGUUGAGCAAGGAUCGCAGUCUCGGUGAAAGAGAAAAACUGCAAGGCCAAGUCUCAGAUUUGAAUCAUAGAAUCAAACGACAGAACGAAACCAUUCAGAUGUUGCACAGGAAAUUGGCACUUGAGAGUAAAAGUUUGAAACAUCAAUUAAAUUCUGAAAUAGCUAAAAAUAAAAUAGCACAAAGGCAUUUGAAUAAAACGAUGGAGAAACUGAAAUGCUUAGAAGAAUUAUUGGAUAACAGAGAAAAAAAGCUAUAUUAUAGUGGCCAGUUGCCGGUCUUCAACAAACGUAGAAAUAUGACUAGUCAAUCGCUUACGAAUUUAGCAGCCGAUGGAAGCAAUGCCACAGAAAUUAGAAAGACUGUCAUGAGAAACAGAAAUAUUCAAGACCAUGAAAUAUCAGAUAAAACUUUGUCAACUCUGGAAGAGUGCGAACCAGAUGUGAAUCCAAAAAUAAGUGAAACUAUCACCAAUUUGACAGUGGAUGCUUCAUCAGUAGCCCCUAAAACAGAGACAAUGGCUAGCUUGGAUCAAGUCCGCAAAUUCAGACUACAAAGGUCUCCUUUAACUCAGAAAUUGAGUGCUCGAGAUAGAUUGAGGGAAAGAUUAAAUGAAGCUGAAUUUGAGGAAAGAGAAGAUACCGAAAAUUCUCUUGAUCCUGAACGUUUCCAGAAUUUAUACGCCAACUCAAACACAAAUCAGCAAGAUAUCAGUGUGUAUGAAUCAGAAUUAUUGAAUAUUGAACAGGGUCUGGCGAACCAAAACGAAGGAAGUGCGUACAAAUUACCGCGAGAACUCAGAAAAGAAUUUGGCUAUUCGACUAACGAAAGUGAAACUGAAGACGAAACUAUUCACCAUACAGAGAAAAAGCAACCAAAUGAAGUCGAUCCGACUAUAGCUUCGAAAGAAUUGCACGCAAGAUUGGUCAAAAAAAUGUCACCUAAUAUCGAUAGUAAAACAUUGGCUCAAGAAAAGGAGAAUAGAAAAGCAUUUACGGAAGAAGAAUUGGAAAGGUUCGUUAAUGAGAAGCUUAAGUUUAAACGAGAAUCCAUUGUGCAAGAAUUGUCAAAGAAAAGUUUCAGCAAAGCUGAGUGCAAAGCUGAAAUGAGGCAACUCCGGGCAGCCGCUGGCAUAUCUGAAAGUGAUUCUGAGACUGACAGUGGAUCUGAAUCAAAUAAAGAACAAGACAAAUACGGUUUCGUUCUCAAGAAUGCACCUGAAGAUUCUGAAAGGGAAAAUAUUCAUCAUCUGAGCGAGGAGUUUUUUAAAUUUGAUGUUCAUAAUCAAUCUGAUUCAGGUUCAGAAGCAGAAAAACCGGCAAAACACACCAAGUCUAGGGUACCCAAGAGUUUGGACGUAAAACGUAGGUUUUCCAAAAGCCCAAUUCUUUCAACUAAUACGAACGAAGAUGUGUGUUCAAAGUCACCGGACAAUACAUAUGAAGGUGGGAAGCAACGUUUAAUGGAUAUAACCAAGUCUUGGAGUGAAUUACAGGAAAAGAUUAUGAGGGAGCGUGAAACAUCCGAAAAGCAAAUUCUGGCUUUAGAGACUGAAUUGGAAGAUGGUGUGAUAUUAGAACGAAAAGGUGUACAAAGAAAGGACGAUGAUGAGAUAAAAAAAUUGUUAAAUAAUAAAAAGCUUUCUUUACCUCUGAGCAGCAGAGAUAAUUUGAAAGAAAAUGUUGAACAGAAAUUACAUGAAAUUGAUAACAAAGAAGGUAAAAAGUUCGCACAACCACGAAGAAACUCGAUUUCUCUGGGAAGUAUGAACCUAGGAAUAGAGGCGCAUGGAACUGCAGCAAGUAAAGAUUGCAGGUCAGCCAAUAAAUUUGAAACUCAGGAAUCACAAUCAAGUGAAUGUAAGUUAGAUGAAAAAACUCAUGAAAAAGAUAAAACUACAAUGGAAAGGGAUCUGCUUGCAUCAUACCCAAGUGCUGGAAGUAAGUUUACAUCAAACAUUGAAAACGAUUUGAGUGAUAUAGAUGCCACACAAGCUGCACUUCAGAGUAUGGUAUUAGAAACCAAGAAAGAAAUAAACGAAAGUCUAAAAUUGAAGUCAAAGCCGAACGGUAUAAUGAAAAUGGAUAAUUUGAAGAAGAUGUCUAAUCAUACGGAGCAAGAAAUAGAUCUCCCUAAAAAAGGUAAAGCCUUGGAUAAAACCUUACAGAAAAAAACUCCUGCAUACAGGGAAGAAAUGUCUGCAGAGGCAAAAAUGAUAAGUUAUAAUAAAGAAAAGUUACUAGCUGCGAUGAAAGCUAUCGAUAAUAAUGAAAAUGUAGAGUUUCUAGAUUUGCAAAAGUCCCAACGUGGUAACGGAAGCAGCAGAUCGCAAAUAACCGAAAACCUCUAUCGUGGCGUACCAACUCAUACCAAGAAAAAAGAUGAUCUCAUAAAAGAAUUAUUCGGGGAUGGCAAAGGUGACACGAAAUCUCGAAAUGGAUGUACAAAGAUGCACUAAGCGAAAUUAUAACUGUGCAGUGGUUUGUACACGUAGGAAUUGAAUUGCUGGUUGCAUAAAGGUUGUAGGAGCAAUAUAAUACAUGAGUAUUUGGAGAUGAACAUGUGCUGACUGACACAAGAUUGAAUGCAGCUAUGACGAGAGAUGCAAUCAUUAAAUUGGGACGGUAUACCUUUGAAGAUUCAAAAUAUACGAGUUAUAGAAAACGAAGACAAUCCAUGUUGUCAAGUCUUGUGGGGUCUAUGAAUAUUAUAUUAAUAUUCAAUCCAAUAGGAUACUUGAAUAUUUAUUAAUUUUUGAGCUAAACUAUAUGUUAAAAAAAUUAUAUUUGUACAAAAUGUAUGUUUUCUAUCAGUGUACAAAGUGUAAUGUCAAAUAUCAUAUAUUAUUACUAUAAUUCAACUCGUGGAGAAGAAUUAAAGCGAUUUCUGAUACGAAUUUAUCUUCUUGUUGUCCGUAAAAUACAUGAUAUGAUAAUGUAUAUAAAUAUAUGUAUGCAGUAUCAAGAGACUGAGUAAUCU